AUGGUUGACUAUUCCUCGUGGAAGGUGGCUGAACUGAAGGCUGAGAUCAAAAAGCACAAUGUCCCUCUGACUGGUCUGCGUCUCAAGCAGCAAUGCAUUGAUAAAUUGAUGGAGCUUGACUCACAGACAGAUAAGACCGAAACCGCUGCAGCUCCUGAAGAAAACGCCAGCCCACAGCGACCUGGCCCAGAUGCUAUUCCUUUAGUACCAGAGUCGCAACCCGAAAAACCGCAAUCCGAACAAUCCAAACAGCUACAGGAAGAGCCAACUGUGCAAGAAAAGGAAUCACCUGCGCCAAUUUCAGUGUCGGACAAGGCAUACGACGAAGAAAAACAAGCAAAUGAGCCAGAUGAGGGACAUAUUGAGGCAGCAACCAAUGUGAAGUCACAAGAAAUUGAGGGGGACGCAAAGCCCACUGAAGAGGCACACAUAAAGGAUAUAAUUCCCGAAAAAGAACAGUCCCCAGCUGCAACCUCUUCUUCCCCCGCGAUCGAAGCAAUCCAAACCGCGAAGAAAGAAGCUCCUUUGAAGCCCGAAGAAAAGUCAACACCAUCCGCCCUUCAAACCUCCGAAGUGGAUACUGGGCUAUCAACACCCCUUCCAGCAGAGGAAGCUUUGGAGGAUACACGCAAACGGAAACGCCGUAGUCAGAGCCCUGCUCCUACCCUGGAAGAAGUUGCGAACAGAAAGGCUCGCGCGAAGGAAACAACCCCACAUGUGUUGUUGAAAGACGACGAAGAGAACAACGACCAGAAGUCUGCAGGCUACACUCUAUCGGAGAGUCAACGCAAAACAUCGCUUUCAGAGAAACAACCCAAUUUGCCAAAGCUCACUGGCAAGCAAGACGCCCGCUUCCGCGGUCUGUUUGCACCCACCGGUGUGUCCCCUCACCCAUCAUCUCCUCCUCGAGAUAUCGCGAUUCCAGAUGCAGAUAUGGGGCCAGCAUUGCAUCCUGCAACUGCUUCUCUUUACAUCGACGGUUUGAUGCGUCCACUCCAGCCAAGUGCUCUCCGCAAACACCUUUCCAGCCUCGCAUCCGCCCCCGAAACCUCAUCAGACUCCGAUCCAAUUGUCGAAUUCUACCUUGAUUCUAUCAAAACCCACUGUUUCGUCCGUUUUACCAGUAUUACAGUUGCUUCUCGGGUCCGUUCUGCCGUUCAUGGAACGGUGUGGCCCUACGAACGGAAUCGCAAGAAUCUCCGUGCAGACUUUAUCCCAGACGACAAAGUCAAGGAAUGGAUUGAAACAGAAGAAAAAUCUAGUGACCGUGCUGGCGCUGCGCCUCGUUGGGAAGUGAGAUAUGAAACAUCUGAUGAAGGAAUUACUGCUACGCUCGCCGAGGUGGGCUCUGCCCCUACCGGACGGCGGGAGUCAGGAUUCAACCGAACCCCUCCCUUGGGUCCGCGCAGCGAUAUUGAGCGAUUCGACCGCCGCCCUUCUAACCCGGCCCCUGCGCCCGCGCCUCGCCCUGGCCAGGGGUUCAAGCCUCUGGAUGAACUCUUUAAAUCCACCAACGCCAAGCCUAAACUCUACUACCUUCCCGUCCCACGGCCUGUUGCCGACAAGCGCCUGGACCAAUUCGACGAGCUUAUUCAAAAGGGCACAUUUCCCCGUCGCGGUGGUGAUGAGAUGCGGCGAAUCACCUUCGAAGACGAGGAUCAAUUUGUGGACAUUGGCCCGGAAAGAUUCGGACCUGGACCUCGAUCUGGCCCCGGACCUCGUGGACGGGGGCGCGGCGGACGUCGUGGAGAGUUCUGGCGCUCUUGA